CGAUUUUGUCUCCUGCUGACGGGCACCCUGUGUAAAGCCAGCGGCUUUUACGUGCGACGUAACACACUUAUGAUUCCAGACGUACAUCUCCAUGAAAACAACCUCAGGACUUCACCGAAACAGCGAAAAAUAUGUCGUCGAGGGCAAGCUCAUCAAAUGCAAGACCGCCAAGCGGAAUUUCUCAAACAAGCGGGAAGAAAACCCCAAACAGACCACCGAGCGGAGGAGGGAGACCCCCUUCAGGCAAAACCAAAAACGUAACACAGCAUCUACUCAGCAAAGAGGAGGAGUACAUGCGACUCAAUGCAGAGCUGGAGGAGCGAACAGCCUCUCUCAUCAAAGAAGCUGAGGAAGUAAUGCAUGACCAGGAUGAGUACUUGUCCAGACAAACACCGUCAACCUAUUACCUUGACCUUGGGGAUGACCUUGCUGAAGAUUUGUUACCAUUGACACUAAAUCCACCAAAGGACAAGCCUCCAUCAGCUGGAGCGAAUACAAAAAUUAAUGCUACAACUUCAAGGCCUACUUCAAAAACUAAGAAACCUUCAGCAAGGCCAAAGUCUAAGACUACAGAUCGCCCAAGAACCACCACUCCUGCAACGUCCAGUCGCUCUGCUUCAGCUGCGAGCCAUACCCCAGAAACUAACAACAUCCUUCAAGAGAGAAUCAAUCUGGCAACUGUAAUCAGUAACAUGGAGGAUGGAGCACAUGAUGACAGCUACACAAGCAACCUUAACAAUGAUGUAUUACCCGCAGGGGCAGAGGAUAUGGGCUCAGAGGCCACCAUUCGCUUCCUCAAGGCAAAGCUGAGGGUGAUGCAAGAGGAAAUGGAUAGAAUAUCUGCAGCAUUUGCUAAAAAGGAAGAAUUAAUCACGGAGUCUGAGAAGAAAGUCAAGGAACUCUCUGAAGAGCAAGGAAGGCUUCAAAAGACCAAUUCUGCCCUUCAAUCUCAGAUUGAGAAGUACAAAAAGCUGUAUGAGGAAUCGAAGCAAAAGAGUGAUGGUCUGGAGCAGCAGCUGAACGCCACUCGAAAGGAACUUGAUGGACUGCAACGUGAUCAGAAAGCUGCUUCCAGUAACAAGAAUGUGGUCGAGGUUCGGCUGAACCGAGCUCUUGAAGAGACUGAGAAAUAUAAAACGGCACUGCAGAAAGCCAAAGCACAGUCUAAGGAUUCCAGUGAACAGGAGAGGCGGCGGGUGGAGCAGCUGAUGGCGGAGAACAAGCGACUGGAGAAACAGAAAAACGAGCUGAUGGCGGGAUUCAAGAAGCAGAUGAAACUCGUUGACGUGCUUAAGCGGCAAAAGAUGCACAUAGAAGCGGCCAAGUUAUUGCAGUUCACUGAGGAAGAAUUUGUCAAAGCGCUAGACUGGGGUAAUUAGACACAAGACACACCAAGUGAGCCGUGGGGUGUCUCUUCUCGGUGGAGAUGAAAUCCCAGAAGCACAGCCUAGCCCUGGCGUUUCUAUCGGGUUUCCUGUGAAAGAGAUUGGAAGUGCGAGCUGGCCCUCUAGGAGAUUGUUGUAAGUGUGAACUUUUCCCCGCCCGUCUUCACAUUUCUGAAAUCAGGAAUGGCAGGGCGAACAAAAAAAAAAAAAAAAAACGAUGAAAACAACUUUUUAUUCUUUAUUUAAAAAUAUUGUAAAUACCAAAAAUGUUGUAAACGAUUAGCUGUUGUACUAUAAAAUCUUAUAAAAGCUACUAGAUAAA